GGAGCCAGUAAAUGUUGCUGAAACAAGGAGAGUCGCCAGACCUGUUGGUUUUAAUCUGGAGGUUUCUGUGUUCCAGCAGCUCAGAACGCCGUGGAGCAAAGGAUGAAUGGAGAGGAGUUAUCCCUCAGGAAAAUGGAGGAAGAGGUUAAUCCUGCUAAAAAGUUUGGCCAAAUAGACAUGAAUCACUACGCCACUAAGAAAAGUGCAGCUCAGAGUAUGCUGGACGUGGCUCUGCUGAUGGCCAACUCCUCGCAGCUGAAGACCAUCCUGUAUGUGGGCCCAGGGUACCGCUUCUACAUCCCUCUCAUUGUCCUGCUCGCUCUCUCCAUCACGCUGCAGGUCAUCGUUGGACUGCUGCUCGUCUUUAUUGCAGUGAAGUAUGAUCUGAACGACAGACGGAAACACGCCAAACUGGAGCGGAUGAACAACGCCGCCACCGUGUUUGUCUUCUUCACAGUUCUUAUCAACAUCUUCAUCACAGCGCUGGGUUUCCAGGGUCACACAGUCAGUGCAGCACCUGUCUUACCCAUAGAGCCACAGUUGCCUCCGCUGCCCAUCGAUCUCAACAAAACCGGGAUGCUUUAGGACCCUGCAGACUUUUCACAUCAUUAUUUACAAGUUCUUUAUUUUAAAUAGAAAUAUUUCUGUAUAUAGUCAUUUUCAUUCUAAACAUACUUUGUAAUCUUAAAUAAACUUUCCUUUUAAACAUG